AUGUUACCAAAUUUCCUUGAUCAAAGAUGUUGGAGCAUCCUCCACCUCCUUUACGUCGACGAUCUACUCGCCGCCGUCAAACGCGAAUUCUCUGGCCUAUACCAAUCCCAAAAAACCGAAUACCGAGAUUUUGACGAGAUCUUCCGCCAGCUGCAGAUCGAGGCCGAGGCACGCGCCGAGAAUUUGAAGAAAACGAAUCCCCUCCCCGCGGUGGCUCCUCAAAGGAAACAGCCAAAUGACACGUGGCAGGGGGAAGGGAAAAACGCUGGGACAGAAAAAAAGAGUGACGGGGAUGGUGAUGGGAAGAAAGGGCUUAGAAUUGAGAAUGGUGGUUUUGUUGUAGCUAAGAAUAAUUCUAAUGCUAACUUGAAGAGUAGUGGUAAUGGUAGUGUGAAUAUUGGGAAAGAGAAUGAGAGUGCUAAUAUAGGGGCUUUUGAUGUAAAUAGGCUGCAAAAGCUUAAAGGAAAAGGGGACAAUGGAAAUGGGAACGGGAAGAAGAAAGAGGUCGUUGUUGCUGCCAAGGUUGAACCAAAAAAGGUGGUUAAGAAAAACAGGGUUUGGGAUGAUUCCCCUCCGCAAACCAAACUUGACUUUACGGAUCACCUUGAUGGGGUGGGAGAUGGGGAUAAAAAGGUUGACUUUCUGGCUAAAGAACAAGGGGAGAGUAUGAUGGAUAAAGAAGAGGUUCUUAGCAGUGAUAGCGAGGUUGAAGAUGAUGAUGAUGAUACUGGGAAGGAUAGCAAGCCUGAGGCUAAGAAAGAUGAUGAUGAUGAUACUGGGAAGGAUAGCGCUUGA